ACAACUGCCGUGCGUGGCGUCGCUCGUGAAGAGACUCUGUACAAAACAUUCAUUAAUCCAUUACAGUACAUUCUUGACGCGCGUUCUCUCGGGCUCUUCCAUGAGUGGCUCUGUUGUUUUGAUUAGGUUUCCCUUUAAAAAAAAGGCAUACGCCCUGUUUAGAGGUUUAAAUUAAUUGAAGUUUCUGUAAGCGGGCACAGGAAUUGGUGAGCAAAGACCACUUAUAGGUAGGAAUAAAAAAAAAUUGCAGAACAUUUGACACCGUCCGAUUUAUCGAAAGUGUGAUUCAACAACCAUGAGUGAGUACCGGAGCGAGAAACGUCUGGCCUAUCUUUUCCCCCUUAUCGGUGCGUUAUCAUUCGUUUGUUGCAUCUCAACGGCCGUCGCUUGGCACCACUGGGCCUACGUUCUGGACACCUGCGUGGAAACCAACUGCGGAUGUAUCCUCAAUGGCCGCUCGACGCCAACAUUUUUCACUGGAGGGCAUAUUGCGUAUUGCCAUUGGGCCACCUAUGGGCUCGUUUUGCCCAUCAUUUUCUGUUUCAUUUUCGGGAUAUUCCACGUCUUUCGCGUCUGCUGUGGGAAACCACGGGGCAAUCACAGCUCAACGGCCAGCGUUAGGCAGAGGUCUGGGGAGCUGAUUGUAAUGACAACAAAAACGGACGUUACCGAUGAAGAUGACAUCAGUCCUUACUACUGGAUUCCGUUGAGCAUAAUCAGCAGCUUUAUGGCCCUAUUUACGCUGGUUCAUGCGGCCAUGUAUCUGGAUGGAUUUUUGUACAGCUGCAAACAAUAUCGUAACGAGCUGAUCAAGUACAUGCAGGCCAGCGGUCAAUUGGUGGCUGCCAUCCAGGGUCGUCUUUCCUGUGCUUCGGUGUUUGACUUUAUGGAUUACUUGCAUCAGGACGUUUCCUGGGAUCGUCGCCGCGAGGGAAGAAUCGAUACGGCAGCUGCGUUGAUCAUCGGAAUCAUUUGCUCGUGGACAUGUGUAGCCAUGUGGAUCUGGAUUGUGGUUAUCGCGGCAAGGCGUGCUCGAGCAAGUCGUCGCGUCAGAAUUUAAUUCUUAAGUAAUGCAGAUUCUUCUAAACACUUUUACUUUUAAAAAACGCCCAUUUAGAUUUAAGGAUCAUACAAUGAUGUUGAUUACCAUUAAUAAGUAUCAUAUGCCAUUACCCGGAGAACCGAAAGUACUAGAGUGCAAAACGUUUAACCUCUUCGACAACGUAAUAUCUAAGUGCCUUGACAUUUCAUCACAUCAACCAUGCUAGAAUUGUAAGUUUUAAAGCAUUUUUGAAAGCCGAGCACAAACUGAACAGAUCAACAAGCGUAAGGAAAUAUGUAAAGAUUCAUUUCGAUCUUCAAUAAACUCAAAAAACAGAAAAUGAUCGUUUUUAUUAUUAGAAACAAAAAAACAUUUGUUUAGCAAUAUUUUCAUCAAAUUCAGAAUAAGUUCAUGCCCAGUAUAAUCUCGGACUCAAACUAAAAAAACAUUAUAAAUCUGAAUUCUUAAUUUACUAAUUAAUUUAAUCUUAUCACUAUGAACCAAAUUAUAAAAAAAUAAUCAGCCGUGUCGUUUGGCUCUAAUCUAUGACGAGUUCCGAAAAUAGAGAAGUCAUGAUUUCAUUAUUUCCGUUCAUAAUUGUAUAGAAAUUACGUCCCGCAUCCCAAAAAACUUUAUCUCAAAUAGUCAAAACGAUACAUAUACCCUCCUAGAAAAUGUGAUUGUUUUUGUAAACGUAGAUAUGAUUUCAAACUUUACUUCGAUAACAAUAAGAACAAAACAUGAACGUUCAUGUGAAUAAGUGAUGGUAUAUGGAAAGGUGAAUGAAGGUUAAAACAAUUUACUUCAAGUUUAUCAAUAAUCCUUAUACUGUUCUCGAACCAUAACGCUUAGCGUUCAUGUCAUAUGUCAAACUCACGUAAAAAAAGACCGAAACGUGGGUCAGAGGUGCCAGAUGGGCUGAAAAAAGAAAAUUCAGUACGGAUUGAUAAAAAAAAUCUUCUAAAUAUAUU